AUGAAUUAAAUAUAUUCAAAGCCACUCAAUGAAACUUGUGAUAAUCCAUAAUUACAUGAUGCUAUAAAAAUGUUUCUUACGAUGAAUAAAGAGAAUCAUACAAGAGAAGAAUUACAUUACAUUUUAUAAAGGAUGGAAGAACUGCCUUACUUUAAACAAUUAGUUUCUGAGAAAUUGCAGAAAGGAACACAAAGGAAUGAUAUUUUGGAAGUAUUUUUAUAUUAAGUAGUUUAUAGUUAUGUUCUCGUUUGAGGGUGGAAUACAUUAAGGGAGAAUAAGUGUUAUUCUAAGAGAAUGAUACACAAAUGAUAAACUUUAUAUGAUAUAAUAUGGAG